AUGCUUCGCCGUGCUAAACGACUACAAUCCGUCUUAGAUGGUUUUUGCUCGAAGUACGGCCAUCCGCAUCUUAAGCUUGACCAGGAGCAAUGGCGUCAGAUUGACUAUUUGCGUUGGAUCACACAGCCGUUCUUCCAGUUCACCACUGCGCUAUCGAAAACCAAAGAUGUCACCGUCUAUCUUGUCUUUGCUAUCUACAAUAAGCUCUUCGACCAUCUCGAGAAGUCGAUUAAGCAGCUUACAAGAAGAAGUAAGACGGAUGAUAUUUCUGGUGAUAUCUUUGCUAUUAGUAUCGCACCACAACACAAGCUCCAGUUCUUCCGGAGUAAAGAUUGGGGCCCUGAGUGGCUCACCAGAUAUCGACAAAGCUUUGUGGACUACUUUGAACCAUAUAAGCAACGUCUGUCAGAGGAACAAACAGGGAACGGUGAAGGAUCUUCUACGCAGAGUGCAGGCAUAGAUCUUGAUCGGAUGAUUGGCCUGGAUCAGACUAUCCAAGCUGGCCAGCAGGACGAGCUUGCAAGAUAUCUCGAUAGUGCCACCGUUUCUGGUGUUCCAAUACGGGCGUUCUGGAAGGAGAACCAGACCACAUUCCCUGCGCUUGCAAAGCUCGCACGCGAUGUGCUCUCGAUUCCCUCAACUGGCGCCGGAGUUGAGCGGCUAUUUAACACUGCUCGAGAUGUCUGUCACUAUCGUCGAGGCUCACUGAAUGCUACAACAAUUCAGGAGCUUAUGUUGUAUAGAUGUACGACGCAAUUUGAAGUUGAAGAGGACGGAAUUGCUUUUCGGAAGGAGUAUCUUUCUGAAGGGGAGAUAGAAGCGGAUCAUGAAGAGAAAGAUGCCCAACAACUAGAGGGUACUGUCGAUCCGAUUAGUGACGAUGAGGAGAGCAAUGAGGACGAGAACACUAUCAAACUGGAGGCUUUGUUAAUAUCACGUCCUACCUGGUAUCUCCCAUCUCGGUAUCUGCCAUGA